AUGGGCAUGUCUGCCUUAAUCACAAAGCCUACUUUGAUCUAUAUAUGUCUCUUUGUAUUAAGGCAUCGCACCCAAAACUCAAUCCAAAUCAUUCAUCUGCACCAUCACUAUCUUUCGGUCAAUAUCUAUCUACCUAUCUAUCUGAAGAUACUUAUCUUUCUUUCAAUACCACAAUUAUUUAACCUUUCUAUUCAUUCUUUCGACGUGCUUUAUGGUUCUUCUCUCUCCCCGUUCUCUUUCUCCCUCUCUACCACUCUCUCUACCUCUCUCUCUCCCUCCCUCCCUCUCCCAUCUGCCUCCCUCCCUCUCCCAUCUGCCUCCCUCCCUCUCCCAUCUGCCUCCCUCCCUCUCCCAUCUGCCUCCCUCCAUCUCCCAUCUGCCUCCCUCCCUCUCCCAUCUGCCUCCCUCCAUCUCCCAUCUCCCUCCCUCCAUCUCUCCUCUUCAGGCUAUUUUGCCGGUAAAUAUUUUUAA